AUGGCUUACGCUAUUAGCUGCGUGGCCACGGUGCUCAUCUCCGUGCCAGUGGUCCUUGAACCUGUGUCAGGUAAGGCAGAGAAGGAGUCAGGCACGGCAGAGAAGGAGUCAGGCACGGCAGAGAAGGAGUCAGGCACGGCAGAGAAGGAGUCAGGCACGGCAGAGAAGGAGUCAGGCACGGCAGAGAAGGAGUCAGGCACGGCAGAGAAGGAGUCAGGCACGGCAGAGAAGGAGUCAGGCACGGCAGAGAAGGAGUCAGGCACGGCAGAGAAGGAGUCAGGCACGGCAGAGAAGGAGUCAGGCACGGCAGAGAAGGAGUCAGGCACGGCAGGGAAGGAGUCAGGCACGGCAGAGAAGGAUCCCAGCCUCUGA